GUGUACACACCAUAAGAUUUCGGACAGCGCAAAGAGAGAGAGAGAGAGAGAUAGAGAGGAAGCCUCAGAGCGCACACAGCUCCUCGUCCUCCUUCGCAACAACAGCCCCCUUGUCUUCCCCCGAUUCCCGAGGGAACCCUAGCUCUCCCAAUCCCCUCCGUCGUACCCACCGAGCUGCGCCGCACCCGUGACGCAGGCCCCCCCGCCGCCGCCGGCCCCCCGGAGAUUUCCGCGCGAUCGGGUCACCCGUGACGAGCUUUCGAUCGUGAAGGAGCCGAUCUUUCUGGUUCCGGUCCCCGAUCGUGUUUCCUCCGCCGCAUUCUGGGUCGAUCUUCCGGGUUCUUGAAUUUUUUUAUGUAACGGGUUUCGCCUUCCGAUGAUGGUUCUGGAUCGUGUUAUUGGAGUGGAUGAUCCGUCGUGUGUCGGCGGGAGUCGGGUUGCUUCGGAAAGGUUCCAUUUUGAUCGUGUUUUUAUUUGGAUGUGCCAACGGAUUUGAUUGAAGAUAAGGUGGAAAGCGGAUCGUUUUCUUUUUGCCGCUUCGUCGUUUCGUUUUAUCGAUGGAUGCCUUUUAUGAGAGCAAGAUCAGCUUUUCGAUUGGAUAUCGAACAGGGAAGAUAUAAGAGAUGAGAAGAUUGAAGAGGGACUCUUAGUGACUUAUUGUGGGUGUGAGUUGCAUGGGAAGAGGAUGCCAAAGCAGCGAAGUGGAGCACGGCAAGGUCAUCUGAGAUCAAAGAAACUUGAUGAUAUUCCAACCCCAUCGCAGCCCAUAGGACAAGCAGAAAAUCCAGUAUUGCCUGCGCCAAACAGAAGGCGUGGUGGUGCUGGGAGAGGAAGAGGCUCCAGGGCUGCAGCAACUGCUAAAAGGCCUUCAGUAGCACCAGCUAGACCAACGGUUGGCGGUAGAGGAAGAGGCAUUGGGGUUAUUGACUUAGACCCUGAUCAGCCUUGCGAGAUAUUACCUAGAGCUGCUGCGGGAGGAGCUGUUGUUGUUGGUGCUGAAGGUUUCUUUUUGAACCAAGCAGCAGAGGGAAUUGCUGACAAAGAUCUAGCAAUGGAAGGUGGAAGUGGUGACAAGGUGAUGGUAGCUGAAGGUGAAGCUACUACAGCUCCGGUACCUGAACGGGUUCAAGUAGGUAACUCACCUGUAUAUAAGAUAGAGAGGAAAUUGGGUAAAGGUGGUUUUGGUCAGGUCUAUGUUGGUCGAAGAGUAUCUGGCGGAAAACAAGGAACAGGUCCAGAUGCAUAUGAGGUGGCUCUUAAAUUCGAGCAUCGAAGUAGUAAGGGUUGCAACUAUGGCCCACCAUAUGAGUGGCAAGUCUACAAUUCUCUUAAUGGAUGUUAUGGAAUUCCAUGGGUUCACUAUAAGGGUCGUCAAGGAGACUACUACAUUUUGGUUAUGGAUAUGCUCGGUCCUAGUCUUUGGGAUGUUUGGAAUUCUGUAGGCCAAGCGAUGUCUCCAAAUAUGGCUGCCUGCAUUGCGGUGGAGGCUAUAGCUAUUCUUGAGAAACUUCACUCAAAGGGGUUUGUGCAUGGAGAUGUUAAGCCAGAGAACUUUCUACUAGGACAGCCUAGAUCUGCUGAUGAGAAGAAGCUUUUCCUUAUUGAUCUUGGUUUGGCAUCUAGAUGGAAAGAAGCAUCAUCUGGCCAACACGUUGAAUAUGAUCAAAGACCAGAUAUCUUUAGGGGAACAAUUAGAUACGCAAGCGUGCAUGCUCAUUUAGGACGUACAGGUAGCAGGAGGGAUGAUCUGGAGUCGUUAGCCUACACAUUGAUAUUUAUUAUCAGAGGAAGGUUACCUUGGCAAGGCUAUCAGGGAGAUAACAAGAGUUUUCUUGUUUGUAAGAAGAAAAUGGCUACUUCUCCAGAGAUAUUAUGCUGUUUCUGUCCGCCUCCAUUCAAACAAUUUCUUGAGAUUGUGACAAAUAUGAAAUUUGACGAAGAACCAAAUUACUCCAAACUUAUUUCACUUUUUGAUGAUUUAAUUGAACCAUGCACUUCUCUGAGACCUAUCAGAAUUGAUGGAGCUCUAAAGGUGGGGCAGAAACGUGGUAGACUGCUUGUAAACCUUGAAGAGGAUGAGCAGCCUAAGAAGAAAGUCCGUCUGGGAAGCCCAGCAACUCAGUGGAUUUCAGUUUACAAUGCUAGGAGACCAAUGAAACAGAGAUACCACUAUAAUGUAGCGGAUGCAAGACUUCAACAACAUAUAGUAAAAGGAAUGGAAGAUGGUUUAUAUAUCAGUUGUGUGGCAUCUUCAGCAAAUCUCUGGGCCCUUAUUAUGGAUGCGGGAACAGGUUUCAGUUCCCAGGUUUAUGAAUUAUCACCAAUGUUCUUGCAUAAGGAUUGGAUUAUGGAGCAGUGGGAGAAGAAUUAUUACAUAAGUGCAGUAGCUGGUGCCACAAAUGGGAGUUCAUUAGUUGUAAUGUCUAAAGGAACCCCCUACACGCAGCAAUCCUAUAAAGUUAGUGAAUCAUUUCCUUUUAAGUGGAUCAAUAAAAAGUGGAAAGAAGGUUUUCAUGUUACAUCCAUGACUACUGCUGGCAGCCGCUGGGGGAUAGUCAUGUCAAGGAACUCUGGCUAUUCUGACCAGGUUGUAGAGUUAGACUUUCUUUAUCCAAGCGAAGGAAUCCAUCGAAGAUGGGAGAGUGGUUAUAGAAUAACUUCCACUGCGGCCACUCCCGAUCAAGCUGCUUUUAUAUUGAGUGUACCAAAGAGAAAAUUGAUGGAUGAGACACAGGAAACUCUUCGAACCUCUACAUUCCCGAGCAACCAUGUAAAGGACAAAUGGGCAAAGAAUCUGUACAUUGCUUCGAUUUGCUACGGUCGGACAGUAUGCUGAUACUUGAGCCGAUUACAUAUUUGUGAAGAUAAAAAGAUGUUGAAGUCAUUCAGAUGUUGGAAAGUGUUCGUGAAUAUGCCAUCACAUAUGUAAGUUUUGUUGCAGUUUGCGUUGCUAUGAAUUGGAUUACUUUUUGACUCCUGUCAUAUAUUUUGUGCUUCCCAUA